AUGCCCGGCAUGGGCCCGCCAGGCGGGGGCGGCGGCGCGGCCACGGCCUGGGACCCUGAGAACCUUCUGGGUGCCCCCAAGGAGGGCCUCAUCCAGCGCCGCAUGAUGGCCAAGCAGAUGGAGAAGGACCAGGAGUUCGCCGCUGCCGUCUCAGCCACCAAGGACGACAUCCGGCGGCAGGUGCUGCUGCGGCGCAGCCAGCGCAGCCCGCCGGACGAGCCGUCCGAGCUGGUGGAGUACUUUUUGAAUUCGGAUGCGGAGGACAUGGAAUACGAGGUGGCGCGCUGCAGGCCCAAGCUCACCCCCGCGUUCUUCAAGGCGCUAGACGCCAUGAUCGGCGCCGAGCGCUUCAACGCCCCCAAGACCGCCCUCGUCUCCGCCGCCGGCGCCGCCGCCGAGGACUCGGCCGCGGCCGCCGCGAAGUCCGAGGAGCGGCUCGCUGAGCUGGAGCUGCUGAGGCAGUACCUGGAGGAGGCUGCGGAGGCGGUCGAUAAGGCGGUCGCGUCCACCAGCACGGCGGUCGAGCGCAUGCGGAAGCUGCUCACGUCGCCGGACAAGAAGGCCAUGAUCAUUGAAAUGGCGGAGGCGAAUGAGAUCGACGUGCCGCUGAUGGACCUGCUGCAGCAGAACAUCGACGGCGCGAAGGCGGCGAACCAGCCGGAUGCGGCCGCUUUCAUGGAGAAGGUCAAGGCUGCCGCGAGCAAGUACCUCAUCACAGCCGCCCCUGCCGUCGGGGUCGCAGCCAUGCCCUCCGCGCCCGCGGGCCUGGUGGGCGCAGGCGCUGACAAGGCCACCAGCCCGGGCGGCCUCAUCCUGCCCGGCAGCGCGGCUGCGCGGCCGCCGGCGCAGCAGCAGCAGCGGCAGCAGCAGCCAGAUGCUGCGAAGAGCCUCAUUAUCUGA